GCCAUCAUGCCUAGUACCAGAUCCCAAUCUCAGGCCACCAUUAACUUUCCCAAGAAGAAAGUGGCCAAGACUUCAGGCAAAGGAGAAAAUCAUGGAGAUAUCAAAUCAUCGAAUAUACCAUCUGCCCCUAAGCUUAAAGUCCUGCCUCUCAGUCCCAGGAAACGGCUAGGAGAUGACAACCUAUGCAACACUCCCUAUAAGCUUACCUGCUCACCUUCAAAACAGAGUAAGAAGGAGAAUGGUCCUGUUCUUCCACUUACUUCUAAGAAGCAUGGAUUAGUAUUUGAUAGUCACCUGAAAAUUAAUUCUAGUAAAAGAGACUUAGCAGUAGUUCAUCAAGACAAGGAGCUCUCUACUGUUCAAAAAGGUCAAGAGAGAUCAAGGAAUUCUGAGCCCAGUUGCCCACUGGAAAAGGAAUCUGUGUGUAUUCGGCUAUUCAAGCAAGAAGGCACUUGUUACCAACAAGCAAAGCUGGUCCUGAAUACAGCUGUCCCAGAUAGGUUGCCUGCCAGGGAGAAGGAGAUGGAUAUCAUCAGGCAUUACCUAAAGGAACACAUCUGUGGGGAAAAAUCUGGGAGUCUUUAUGUUUCUGGUGCUCCUGGAACAGGCAAAACAGCAACCCUAACCCGGAUUCUGCAGGAUUUCAAGGAAGAACUGAAAGACACUAAAACAGUAAUGCUAAAUUGCAUGUCCUUAAGGACCUCCCAGGCUGUAUUCCCAGCUAUUGCUCAGGAGAUCUGUAAGGAAAAAGUAUCCAAAUCAUCUGGCAAGGACUUGAUAAGGAAGUUGGAAAAGCAUAUGACUUUAGAGAAGGGCCCUAUGAUCUUGUUGGUGUUGGAUGAGAUGGAUCAGCUGGACAGCAAAGGACAGGAUGUGUUGUACACACUGUUUGAAUGGCCUUGGCUGAAGAAUUCCCGACUGGUGUUAAUUGGUGUUGCCAAUUCCCUGGAUCUUACGGAUAGAAUCCUACCCAGACUUCAAGCUAGAGCAAAGUGUAGACCACAACUUGUAAACUUCCCACCUUACACAAAAGAACAGAUAACCACCAUCUUACAGGACCGACUUAAGCAGGUAUCUGGUGAUCAGAUCCUGGACAAUGCUGCAAUUCAGUUCUGUGCUAGAAAAAUCUCUGCUGUGUCAGGAGAUGCUCGCAAAGCACUAGAUGUUUGCAGGAGAGCUGUUGAAAUUGUAGAGUCAGAUAUCAGAAGCCAGACUAUCCUCAAACCACUGUCUGAAAGUAAAUCUGCUACGUCAUCCCCUGCUCUGAUUCCCAAGCGGGUUGGUCUUAUUCAUAUAUCCCAGGUCAUCUCAGACACUUAUGGCAGCAGAAUGGCUUUGAGCCAAGAAGGAGCUCAGGAUUCCUUUCCUCUUCAACAGAAGAUUCUGGUCUGUUCUCUCUUGCUCUUGACCAGACAACUGAAAGCCAAAGAGGUCACCCUGGGGAAGUUAUAUGAAGCCUAUAGCAAAGUCUGUCGAAAACAGCAGGUGGCAGCAGUGGACCAGUCAGAAUGUUUGUCACUUUCAGGACUUUUGGAAAGCCGGGGCAUUUUAGGAUUGAAAAAAAGCAAGGAAACUCGACUCACAAAGGUGUCUCUGAAGAUUGAGGAAAAGGAGAUGGAACAUGCAUUGAAGGACAGAGUCUUAAUUGGGACCAUCUUAGCUAAUGGAUUGUUUUAAGUCCUUCUGGUCUUUUGCUUUGAGUGUCUCCCUAGCAUUUUAAGGACCUCACAAAUGUGGUGAUAUGCUUCCAUAUGCACUCUAUCUUUGGGUCCCAGAAAAGUGACCUGUUUUUACUUGAACUAGAUGAAUUUAGAUGUGCAGUCAUGACCAUAGAACCAAAACAUCUAUAGAUCCUUUUAUUUUGGCUGUUUACCAUUUAAAAAAAAAAAAGGCAUGUGGCUAAAAGGUACUGUCUUUAGUUCUUGUGUAUCUUUAUCUCAUGUGUCUUACAAAGUCAAGAUUCAUCAAACAGCUAAGGGUCUGUUUGUGUGAGAGCUAUGGGGAUUGAUAUGACCAGAACAAUAAAAGUCCAUCCCAAAAACCUACAUGCUCAUGUUAAUUGGAAGAAGCACUAGCCAAAGCCUCUAGUUCUAUUUGAAGUGCUGCUUUGUUCACAUUAUGGAAACUGUCAUUCAUGGUGCUGUUUUCCAAGGUUGAGAGAAAAAAUGUUUUAAAUUUAUGUAUAGUGAAUAUAUUUAUUGAGUUGUAUAAUCUUAGGGAUGUGUGUUUUUUUUAAGCCAUUCACUUGUCUAGUGUUCAAGUUUCUCAGAUUAAUAUAUGGAAGUUCUAUUAUUCGAUCCCUCACUCAGGUACCAAAAACUACUUGCUUUAUGCUGGCUUAAUAUGAGUUUAUAUUUCUCUUUAAAACACUUCAUCUGAAACCUUUCCAUCUGGUUACUUAAAUGUAAUUUCUUCUUGGGGCUGGUUUCCAGUAAACUACUAGACCGUCUGAGCCAAGGUGUGGUUUGUACACCAGAGGGCGCCAUCAUAACAUGGUUAGGGCUUGAAAGGUGGGCUUUUGAGGGAAUAAAUGUGUCCUAGAAGUUUAUUUUGUUCAAUUGAGAUUUUAAGAUGUUUCUGUACUUCAAACAAAUGUUUUAAAUAGAAAGUUUGUGUGUGAUAUCAAUAGACUGA